AUGCCUUGCUUCAGGCCAAAAAGGGGCCCAAGUAACAUCAUCUGGCCGUUGUGCCAUGUGUUCAAGGCUAGGGUGUACAAAAUCUCGUUCAAUCUUGAGGGAUAUGUCCAAGCUGAUAAUUCAACUGACGGUGAUUCUGGAGGUGUUGAGGAAUUAGAGGAAGAUCACUUAUUGGAUGAUGAUGAUCCUAAUGACAAUCCCAAAGAGAAUGAUGAUGACCCAAAGAAGGACAAGGACCAUGAACCACAAGAGAGGGAGUUACCUGAACCGUCAGAUAAACCACAGGGAGAAGAUGGCAAUUUCUUCUUUGGGCUAGCGACCGCGCUGGCGCAUGUCGAGGACAGGUUGGAAGAUGCUUGGCUUCAGUUUGCAGUCGAGCAUUCCUGCGAUGACAAGGAGGCCAUGUGUGACCAUAAGACAGCAGACGCGGUGAUGGCAUCGGCUGCAGGGGACGGAGGCGCUCAGUUGGCUUCUAGGUCUAGAGGGGACGAAAAGGCUGGCGAUGGAGAGAAGAGGAAGCCUCUUAAGGUUGCCAUGGAGGCGAUGCUCAGGGGGUUUGAAAUGUUUGUCGAGGGUGGUGAAUCUGGUUCUGGCGAUAAUUGCAGCCACAACGUCGCAGCUUGGCACAAUGUUCCUUGCCCGCAAGAAAGGCUUAAAUUUUGGUCUGAUCCCGAUACUGAGUUGAAACUUGCUAAGGAAACUGGGAUCAGUGUUUUCCGCCUGGGGAUUGAUUGGACAAGGGUAAUGCCUAAGGAACCAACUGAAGAGUUGAAGAGUUCAGUCAAUUUCGCAGCACUUGAGCGGUAUAGAUGGAUCAUUCAAAGGCUUCAUGAAUAUGGAAUGAAAGUGAUGCUUACGCUAUUUCACCACUCACUUCCACCUUGGGCUGGAGACAAAAGUAAAAGGAAGCCAAUCGUUGGUGUCGCUCAUCAUGUAUCGUUUACACGGCCCUAUGGUCUAUUUGAUGUUGCUGCUGUCACACUGGCUAAUUCAUUGACCCUUUUCCCUUACAUUGAUAGCAUAUGUGAUAAAUUGGAUUUUAUUGGCAUCAACUACUAUGGGCAGUUUAAUGAACGAUACAAGAGCUUGAAUAUACCUUUUAUAAUUACUGAAAAUGGAGUUUCUGACGAGACUGAUCUGAUUCGGAAACCAUAUAUUCUGGAGCACCUGUUAGCCAUUUAUGCUGCAAUCAUUAUGGGUGUGCCUGUGCUUGGUUAUCUAUUCUGGACGAUGUCAGAUAAUUGGGAAUGGGCAGAUGGCUAUGGUCCCAAGUUUGGGCUUGUAGCUGUUGGUCGUGCUAAUAACCUAGCACGGAAACCUAGGCCUUCAUACUAUUUAUUCUCCAAGGUUGUUAGAACUGGGAAAAUUACAAGACAGGACAGGCUGGGUGCUUGGAGGGAGCUGCAACAAGCAGCAUUUCAGAAGAAAACACGCCCAUUUUUCAGGGCUGUAGAUAAACAUGGUCGGAUGUAUGCAGGUAAGUAG